AUGCUUCCCACCGACGACUGCGAUGAUUGCGUACCCGAAUGGGUCGUCAACCGUCGGCCAUCCGCAUUGGCUAUCUCUGCUUUGCCCUUUAUACUCACCUUCCUAAUCGUCGCCGUCGCCGUGUCACACAAGCUAUUCCCUCUCCUUUCCGGCACAUACCAUAAGACUCAGCAACAUGGGACGCCAUCCUCCUCCUUCUCGCCGAGAGAGCUGCAGUCGAGUUUCAAGCGCAUACGAUUCACCGCUCGCGGACUUGCGAGCGUCACCUUCUCUACCAAUAUCGCCCUCUCCGCCGUCCUUGCCGAACUUAUCUUCUGCGAAAUCUCGAAUACGGGAAAUCCAGCCACCCGUACGCUGGGCCUGAAGAUAACACUUCCAUUGCUCCUCUUCCUCCUCGUCCUCGUCACUCCCGCAUUAGAGAUACAUUCCGUUAUAUCGGGCGCUGGAUGGAGCCUUGCGGGCGGAGCUGCGAGAGAACGACGAUUGGCUUGGAUACUGGAGGCUACCGGCCUCAUCGUCUGGCUGGCGGGAUUCUGGUACCUAGGGCGUGGCCUGCUCGGGCAGUACUUGCACGAGGAGUCUUAUGUGCGAGACCACAGCCUUAGCGAAGGGUGUUUGGAAAGAAUCGGCAUCAUUGGUAUCAGUUUGAUGGCUUCGCUUGCGGGCUUUGGUGCAGUAAGCUCCUUGUGGCAGACAUUUGGCGCCAAAUACCGCCCGGUCACUGAAGCGGAUAUUGCAAGAAAACAGGCUGGCUUAGACGCAUCGAACGAUAUGCUCCUCACCAAAGAAAGCCGGCUGAGAGCCGUAGAGAGGAGGAUCUCCGAAGCGCCGCAGGAAGGCUUUGUCACACGAGUUGUGGGGACAUUCUGUGGCAAUCCAGACAUUCAGGAGCGGAACACACUGCAACUGGAGAUCCAAGGCCUCGAAACCAUGCGCUCAACUUUACAAAAUUCCCUCAUGGUCUUGCACAAUCGACGACAAUCGCAACUUCGAUCGCAUACCGCAUCUGGCCGCUUGAUUAACUUAUUCUCAUUCGUAUUCUCGCUCUAUUGCUUCUAUCGAAUCAUAGCAACAUCCUUCACUACGCUGCGCCGAUUUUCGUCACCAUCCACUAAUUUCUCCAACAGCGACCCUAUCAACAAUGUUCUCGCACUGCUCGCAAAGCAUUGGGAUCCCACGCUCGAUCGGGUGGCCUGGAGUCGUACCAUAUCCUUCCUCCUCUCUGGGGUUAUGCUUCUGGCUUCCUUCAACAGUGCUCUGCAAACCUUUAUGCUCUUUGCCCGCUUCCUUCCGGGUCUUCUACAUCACGCGCAGGCGAACUUCGCACUUGUCAUCUCCCAGAUAUCGGCGACGUAUGUAAUCAGCUCGGCACUUCUUCUAAGAAGCAAUCUGCCGAGCGAGAUGAAGAGCGCUAUAUCGGAUGCCCUGGGCGCGCCUCUCGAGCCAGCCUUCACGGAGAGGUGGUUCGAGGGUUGGUUUCUCACUGCCAGUGCCCUGACAGCGCUUGGAUUGUGGUUGGGAAAACGGCUGCACCCAGACUCCAAAACCCCCCAAACCAUUUCCAAAAUGACCUCCCAAAACGCCGGCCGCCAAUCCCCAAGCCCCGAGCGCCAAUCCGGCGCCCAACAGCAAGCACCCCCGGCCUCAGACGUCAACAAGCAAGGCGGAGCUCCGUCGCAGGAGUACGCGCAGGAGGCGAGCCAGGAGCAGUUGCGCAGGUUGAGCUCAAAUCCGGUGCAUCCGCUGGCGAAGCAUGCCGAGGAGACGACGAGUAAGAAGCAUUGA